GACAGCAAGAUGAGUAUGCAAUUGAUUUAGAUUGCUGUCACUGGCUGUCAGUUCCACAACACAUCGUUUAUUUCUCUUGACUUGGAGCACAUUGUGUCCAUAUUCAGUUACACAAAUUCCUUGUCUUCUUGGAAGUAUAUCAAGAUCACCAACAUUGUAUCAACAUGAACAUCUUCCUGCUCCUGCUGUACUGCACAGAAAUCCUGGGUGUAUUACUGUUCAUCCCAGGGCGUACUAGUGCUGACACUUUUUCAACUCCUCAGCAAAACUCCCAAGAGGAUUUCAAUACUACUGCCGGCAGCAUGUCAAUUGUCAGCAGCUCUAUGAGCAACGAGUCACCUACAGCAGUCUCGCAGUUCACCAGUAGUCUCAGCUUUUCACCUUCACCUGGUCCAAAGCCCACCAGAGCCACCACUAAGCCCACUGCCACCACUAAGCCCACUGCCACCACUAAGACCACUACCACCACUAAGACCACCACCACCACCAAAACCAUGAGUGUCAAUGAGAUAUUUUACAUUAAAGAAUGUCGCCCAGUGUAUUUCGUGAGUGCUGGGCUAAUCAUAGCUUGCGCCAUUCUCCUGAUAUCCACAUUGCUUUUGGCAUGGAGGACGUGCCACCUGAGCAGACGUCUCAAGACGCUGAGCACCAACGGAGACCUGAUCAGCAACUCUGAAUACUGGAUGGGAACUGCCAGGAAGGACAAAAGCAAGCCAGAGACAGAAGCUAAAGAGACCAGCAUGCUACUGUCUGACCUAAGCCAAACACAGGAAGAGAUGAGCAAUGGUACCACCCAAGAAGAUGGAGGGAAGGUAAAAGAGGAUGGACAAAAGGGGGAAGAGAAAGAGGUGGGAGACACAGCCAACAGUGAGGAGGCUGCAGCUGCAGAAAAUUCAUCCUCCUCUAAGCCACAAGAGGAGGCCAACAAUUCCCAGCCGGCCAAAGCUGCCGCAGCCUCCUCCUCUGAGGUCACAGAGGAGCCAAAGGAUGUGCUCUAGAGUUUUUGUGUGUGAAGCCAGAAAGUUUCCUGAGCAACUACCUUCACCUCCUUAUAGCUUUACAAUCCCUCCACUGUGAAAAAAAGGAUUUCUUUCAGCAGCUUUUCCUGUCCUUUAAAUCACACAACUUGUGUGUGCUCCUAAACCUGUCAACUUGAGCAUUUGUGAUCGAAACAACUGAUUAAUAUAUCUGUACUUUUCAAAAUUGAAACAUGUUAAUAUCAUAAUCCACGUUUGUGAAAGUCAGUUGAUAUUUUAUGCUUUACUUUUUUCUUUCUUUUUUUGUUUAUAGAAAUAUGUAACAAAGAGAAAUAAAAAAAAAAUUGUAACCGCUA